GAGUUAUCGAACGUCAAUAAAACGGAAAUUGCGCGACUGUUGGCUUAUCGGGGUGAGGGACAGUCGCCUUCCUCAAGCCGCAGAAGCGCUUUUUACGUUUAUGACUCACCGGAUGUCCUUUGGUUGUUUAUUUGAUUCGCAGCGGUCCAGUAAACAUGUCGGCUGCACUUACUGAAAGAAGUAAGGUCCGGGACGGCAACAUGUCUAAUCCUGACCAGGCUUCAGGAAUGAGCACCACCUGGAAGUGGAAAGUGUUUUCUCAUGUUUACAAAAUAAUAGACAACGUCAAAGGAUACUUCGUUGAGGUAGCUUUAUUUUUCUUUUUUCUUGCACGUCAUAUGACUCUGCCACUGUUUCAAGAGUAUGUUCAGACUCAGAUCUACAGCCAACAUGGACUUGAUUUUAUGAGUCUCACACAGUCCGCGGCCAACGAUAGCGGUAGGGGUGAGCAGUGGAACAGUGCCCAUCACGAAAGUGUGCUAGUGGUACUCGGACUUCAAAUAGCAGAGGGGCUUCCAGCCAUCAUCACAGUUAUCAUACUGGGAGCUUUGAGUGACCGUACUGGCCGACAUCGUAUUAUGUUAUGGCUUCCUGCUUUAGGGAGCUCCAUCUACUGUUUCAUCUACAUUCUCAUUCAGUACACUGGAUGGAAUGUAGAUGGAUUGUUUUUGGCCUCUGCUUUCCGGGGACUGAGCGGAAGCAUGACAGCAUUUUUGGCAGGGUCAUCCUUCUAUGCCAUCAACAGCGUCAAGCCUUGUCAGCGGUCAUCUAGACUAGCCAUACAAGAGUUUUUGAAUGGUGGCGCAUAUGCAGUUGGGAAUCUGAUGGUUGGCUUCUGGGUGAAGGAUGCAGGAUUUCUUCGACCAUUUUGGUUUGCAUUUAUCUGCAGUCUCAUAUCCCUGCUUAUCUCCUUCUUUCUUAUUGAAGAAACAGUGUCUAGCACAUCUGAGCUGCAGCGAAAUGCCCGAAGAAGUAGGAACACUGGCAAUUUUUUCAAGGACAUGUUCCAGCCAAUGCUUAAAUACUUCAAGUGCAGUCAUAGCUCAGCGCUCAUGAAGAUCUGGCUUGCAAUCUUAGCGUUUCAAACCUAUGCUUUUGUGCACAUUGGGCAGGAGAACACUCUGGUUUUGUAUCUGACUGGACAGCCAUACCUCUACUCUUGGAGAAACUCUGUGACUGGUGCUGCUCCAUGGGUGAAGAUUGGACUCCUUUUGUCUGUUAUUAUGGCAGUUGCUGCCAUAGCUACUGCACUCUGCACACCCAUUUUCCAGCGCUUCCUGUCGGAUACCAGCAUUGUCUUUAUUGGUCUAGCAUCCAAGGCUGUUGGAACUGUCUGGCUUGCCAUCGUACAUAAUGAAACGCUAGUCUUUUUCAGUAUCCUUCUCCUAGCAUUUCAACUCCUACCCUUUCCGAUGUUGAGGGCCACAGUUUCAAGAGGGAUCUGCCCAUCCCAGCAAGGUUCCUUGUUUGCCAUGAUGCACUGUGGUGAAAGCAUCACCUAUUUCCUAGCGCCGUUUGUCUUCUCUGCUAUAUAUGCUUCUACAUUCCACAUAUAUGGAGGGCUGGUCUUCAUCGUGGCUUUCCUUCUUUUGCUUGUACCUGGAGCAUUUACACUGGGCUUGAGGUGUAUGGAUCGCAAUGGGCCUAUAGAUUAUGAACCAAUGGAAGGAAGCUGUGAGCCUGCUGAACUACCGAGCUCCCAAGCUUCAACGGCCGACCAAUCAGAUACGGCCAUGCUGCCUAGGGAACCAAUCAGUUUCAUAGAACUCAGUGACAGCCACACAGAUGCUACAGCCUAAAUUGUGAGCAAGAGAGAGGAGGAGGAUGCUUAUGAAGAUAAGAGCCAAACUGCAACUUAGCCUGUCAUAAUAUCUGUGAUGUUUCAAUAUUUUCAAACAUUGACAACAUGUCAGUGUUGUGUCAUUAUUGCUUGCCAUUGUUUAUUUUUUACCAAAGUUUAUCUCAAAGAGAUAUAAAAACUAACAAAAAAUGUAAAAUCUGUGCAAUGUGUUAACACAUAUUAAGUCCUAUGAGUGUUUCUUGUCAUUACCGUUGUUGCUUUUUAAAAAUGAAAUGUAUACCCUGUAUAUUUAAUAUAUAUGUGUUGAUUUGUCAGUACCAGACUUCAUUCCAAAGGUCACUCUUGUCAGAGUCUCGCAAUUUUGUUUUAUAAACAUUUGCUUUUGCUUUUGCAUAUAAAGAAUUGUUUUAAUUUUUAAAGAGUGACCAUUUCUACAUUUGUGUGUGCUGUUAGUGCAUGUAAGAUGAUUAGAAAAUGGUACAAGAUUUGCAGUUCUGUUAUAUUUCAGUCAUACAUUUGCUGUUUAUUUGCAGAAAGAAGAAAGCGCUUCAAAUUAAUGUGUAAAUAUGCUCAACUCAUGAAAGGAGGAGGGUUUUGAAUUAAAGCAUUUUUUAAAAUCCUCAAAUUAAAUCUUUAUUCUGUGCCUCACUGUUCAGUCCAGAUACAUCAGUUGAAGGCUUUUUUUUUUUAAUCAUCUUGUGGGAUUUUUCCUGCAAAACCAGAUUUAUUCGCCACAAUUGGCACAGGUUGAAAAAUGAUCCUUUUUGUAAAAAAAAAAAAUAUAUAAUAGACUAUGCGCAUAGAAGUAUUCCAGCAUGCAUUUGAUGUUCUCUGGGGAACUUUCUUUAAGUAUAUUCCUCACUUGUGUCCUUGUCAUCAUUAAAAGUUGGGGGAUUCAUUUAUUUGACAGAAAUGUUUCCACUAGUCAUUGAUGCCUUGCUUCACUUUUUCAGUGUACAUCACUUGUGAAGAGGCACCAGUCAGAAUGUGCACAUUUUAUUUUUUAAAAUGGCCACUGAAAAAAAACUGCAUGCUUACAGUUUUUUAACCUGUCAAUAUAUAAUGUGAAAUAAACUCUUCUUUGUAUGGUUUUUAACUGCCCUUAAGACAUGAUUAAACUGUUUUAUUCAAGAUCAGUCAAAAGAUUACUACUACACCUCUUCAUAUCAAAGAUUAGGUGAGAAAAGUUUGAGUGAAAAAUCUUUGCUAGGAAAAAUUGAUUCUUCUUUUAUUUCAUUUGAUGGCAGUUUUGCUGUAGAUAGAUUAUUGCCAGCACAAAAGUUUUCACAAUGCUGUGAUGCAUUGAAAUAAAAAACAACAGAACAUUUGAAUAAAAGAUUAGUGUGUGUGUGUGUGCAAACAUGUGAACAUUCUUUAGUAACAUAAUAUGAUAUUUUUUUGUGAGAAUGAUUCCUUCACCAAUUUGUUGUUUUUAUCUGCUAUAUCACUGUAGAUACUGGUUUCAAAUUUGGAAGGUGUAUUCCUGAAAGUUAAAGCCCUAAUCUUGUGCUUAAGUGGUGCUGUGUAUUUGGCUCUUUAAGAUCUGUUGUGUUCUUGUACAUUUUAUCAGAUCUUUCCAGUUUUAUAUUCGUUGCCUUUUCUUUGUAUAAAGAUUUGAAUCAGUAAUGUUUUUGAUGACAGAUAAACAGUACGUUUGACAGAUCAUUAUAACUGAAUGCUACUAUUACCUGCAAUUAUAACCUGUAGAUAUGAUCUGUCAUGUUGUGGCUAAUAGAAUACUUAAAUAAGUCAGCAUUUUCACUGUGUCAUUUCUGUGUUAUUCAUACAGUGUUCAACUAUGAACACAGACCCAUGACCAUAGCAAAAGCAGUUGCUGUUGCAUAAGAUAAGGCACUCACCCACCCAUCGAUCUUGUUGGCUUAGCACAUGCCAUUAGAAUGCACCCUUUCCUGCUUUCAAACCAUCUUUCUGUUUUAUCAGUACUUGAUCCUCACAUUCAUAUAUUUUGACCUGGUUUCACAUUUCAUUCACUGCUAUUCAGUGAAGAUUGCAGUAUAUGCAGCAUAAGCUUUAUGACACUGUGACAAAAUGUUCAGCUCCUAAAAUGGGUCACAAGUCGUAAAUAUUCUUUAGUAUUCUUGUUUUUGCUGUGUAAUUGAGUGGUGGCGGUAUGUAAACUUCCUCCCACACAUUCUAAAAGUUACAGGAACAGCGCCAGCAGAAAUAUCACGACCUUUACUCUCUACAGCUGGACUCCAACUUCCUCAUGUUCAGCUUAUCGUCAUUGCAACUAGGACAUCUCUCUCCAUUUGUCUUGUCUCAGCUCUUCCCUUAUAUAUGUCUUGGGAGCAGUUAUCCUUUUCACGCACUCAAAUGCACAAAACAUACAAAAAACAACACACAGGAAGCCAGAAUUAUCAUAUGUAUCUUACAACCGUUAUUCAUCCAUUGAUGUAGUUUCAGGUUCAACAAAGCAAAAAUAAAGAUGUAGUAUGUCCGACAGCAUGUGAGACGUGAACUUUUGUUACAGAGUCAUAUCCUUUUAAGUGAUGCUGUGUAGAUGGUUGAAGGCGUGCAUAUAUCAUUGUACUUAUAUUUUUUACACCUCACUGUUUCUUUAAGUCUUUUUUGAAAUUAGUCAGAUUUACUGUGAGCUGCUGAAGAUCGGUCUCACUGGAAUAUUUUGCUAUUUAAAAAAUCGUCAAAAAUAAGGUUUUUUUUUUAUAAAUAUCUUAUAGCUGUUAUUUUUUGUUCUAGUUCAAAUUUUAUUUUUCAGAAGGCAAGGGUUGGGACCAAGCAGAAAACACGUGUGAGGUAGCAAUAUUAUUGGGAAUCGUGUAUUGCAUACCAUCUUUUAGAAAUGAAUGCACAUGUUAGGCAAGAAACGUAGUUCUUUUUUUAAUUUGAUUAUGGCUUAUAAAGGGCAAAUGCUUUAUUUUUCAAUCAAUACAUGAGAAAGAAUAAUGUAGGGGCAUUUUACUACUGGAGAAUUUUUUUUUACCUUUUUUUCUUUUAUCUAAUCGCUAGCAUGGCAUAAUACUUGAUCAACUUUUUCAUCUAAUCAGUAUAUUAAUUAUUCUCAAUCAUACUGCUACCUUACACAUGACCAACUGUCUUAUAUCAUUUUUUGAUAGGAUUUAUUCAGUUAGUUUGUACUAUCCUUCCCUUGUCUUGCAUUAUUUUCCAUUCAUUUCAUGAAGUUAGAUAUAUAUAGAUAUAACAUUAUCUUUUAACCUUUCCUUCAUUUGAGUGUGAGGUGUUAGAGACUACACUUUCAACUUUAUGUUAAGGUGUGGCCUAUCUCCUCUUCCUCACUGCCUUACCUUUCCCAACCCUUUGGGGAGACAGAUACCAGUUUCCAGCAUCUGGGUCGACUGGGGGGAGUUCACUGUGUAAUGUGAGCAUCAAAUCAGAGCUCCUUUGUGUGUUGGUGCCAUUGCCCUUACUAUUAGGCUACCUGCUUCUCUAAUAUAUAUAUACUUGGUCACAUUGUUUUAGGUGUGCAUUGACUGUUUUGGCUCUGAGAUAUUUCUCUUUGUGUUAAUUUUUUUUUUUUCUUUUUGAUUAACAAAUUGAAGUUUUGUAUGCAUAAUUUAUUUUCUUUACUGAUAGUCUUGUUGCAGCCUAAUGCUCCUCGAGGAGUGACAAAGACUAAACUGAUACUCUACUUGCAGGAUACAAACACUUUGUUUUCUGUAUGAUAAGCAAUCUUUGCUAGUUAAACAAUCGUUUGUUCGCAUUUGAAAGGGUUUUUCUUGUUUUUUAGAUAGCUCAUUGCAGAAAAUCUUAGUUGUUUAUAUCAGGCAAACACCAUGCAAUGCUAAUAAAAGCAACCAGAUCACCCCAUUACCCUUACUUAGUCCAAAAUCACCGUGAGGAAUUGGAGAGAUUAUGACUAUAACAAUGAAUGGAUGAUGCCAAGAAUUUGUAAUUAUCUGUUUUUGAUUUGACUUCUUAGUGUAAAAUAUUUGUAAUAUUAUAAUUAAUAAUGGAAAACAUUCUACAGUAAUGCUGUAAGUGAUAAGUUCUUUUCAGCAAACAGUUGAAAUGAAUAUGUAAACGCCUGUCUGGUCUCAGCAGACCUGGUUCCAGUCUGUGGUUCACGUCUGGGUAUGUUCUGUAAGAAGCAGAAAUAGGAAACAAUUUACUUUUCAUUUUGUACAAAAAAACCUAUUUUUGUGAAGGGUUGUGGAUAGUGAUGACAGAUCAGGUGAUAUAAAAUGCUAUUUAUACUUAUAUUCUUUCUCUUCUAAUUUUAUUGUUGGUUUAUAUUUUGGCAAGGAGGGUCAAGCCUGUUUUUCUUGUAAUAUUUGCAGCUUUUUUAGAUUGUGACUUUUGCAAAUUAUUACUUCCUUGUUUUGCCUGUCAUCUGGGGUUGACAGACUGCAUUGUCAGUCUGCAUGAUGAUGGAAGAUGUGCCAGAUUGUCACUAUGAGCUUAGCACUGACAUUUAUUCCAGCUGUCCAUCAGUGCCAUUAGGAUAGUCCCUGAAGUGUCAGAUUGGCUACUGUGAUUGUUAGGAUCAGAGGCAGUGUGGAAAAGGCUAUGCAGUCUGUCACUGCCAGUGAGGAUCUGUCUUGUGUUGUGAACUGCAGGGAUAUGCAUCAGGCCUGUGUGUUUGACUUACAGCUGGAGAAGUGCUUAUCUAUCAUUGUACGUGAACCUGUGCAGAUGAGGUCAUUUGUGCAGACUCCACAACUCCUGACCAUUCACAGUUAGGGAAUGCAUAAUGAAAUCUUUUUUUUUUGGUUUAUGAAUCUUCCUUUGAAUUAUUUCUGUUUCACUCAUUGUCUGUUCACUUAUCGAUAGAAAAGCUGAAUAUUUAACCCCAAAAACUUUGAAAUGCAGCACGAGUCAGCAGGGUUUUAGUUCUGUCAGGCUAAGUGAUUAAAAUAAUAUCAGAGUACCGUUCACUGAAUUUCAGUUACAUGGGAGUAUUUCUAGUAUGUAAUUUCGAUACUGUGAGAUUGUUUUGAUAUGACAUGCACUUUUUACAAACAGAUUAAGAACUGUGUGAACUGUAUAAUAUUACAUACUUGUGUAUUUGGAGUAAAUUUUAUCAGCAUUUGUGCUAUUGUUGCUAGUGAAAAGAAAAGUUUCUGAAAUAAAAAGGCAUUUUACCACUGGCAUACAGUGUAUCGGAUUUGUUAUCCCCUUGAAAGGAUCUCUUGUUUAAAUUCUCUGGACCCUACCAAUACAAAGCAGUAAAGUAGAAAAAGUGGACCACCAUGUUUAUUAAAUAAUUUCCUUGUUAUGUAGUCUUCCCCAUUUUUUAAAACAAGGAUUUUUUUUUACCACAGACAUGCUUCCAUAAAAAAAUAUAUGUCCAUCUGGACAAGUUCCAGGACUGUCACUAAGAUGGUGAAAGAAAAUGUUAUUUACAAACUCAGAACCACAGAAAAAAAGUGUUCAUGAGAGAUAAGAAGCCUCAAAAUGUGUUGGUAUUUUGUAAGGAACAUAUUUGCCUAUUGAUGCAUUCUUUUUCAUGCUGAUUCUUUUGAGUCAUGUUCUUUAUAAUAACCAGAAUCAAAAUAGAAAAUGUUCUGCAUUCUUAUGCAUUUUUUUUUUCCUUUUUAGCUGUUAAAUCUCAGUCUGAACAGUUAAUUUAAAUAUGACAUUACCUACAUGUAUUUUAAUUCAAACUUGUCAGUAUAAGAACUUGAGUGUAUUGCUACUUUCCUAUUCUGCUACUACAAAAUAACAUUUUCUUACUAUGCUUUUAUUAUAUAAGUUUUGUGUUUCUUCAAUUUUUUAUUGAACAAAGAAAUCGCUUUGGGUGAUGUGAUGCAGGAAGAUUUUUACAAUAAAAUGAUACAUCUCUGUCCCAUGUCAAGUCUGUACUCUUCAGAAAACACAUCAGGCAAGAUUGCAUUCUUUCUCUUUCCCCCUCCCCCAUCCCUCUCUCUCAGACACACAGUCUUGAUUGUGGUGGUCUUUCCAACUUUUUUCCCACAUCCAUGUUUCUUUAUUUGUGUGUUGAUAUUAGAGGAACAUGUGAAGAAUUGUUGUUUCACCAGAUGUUUAUACUUAGCUGCGUGGGCUGCUUGUCUACCUUCUGUUUAGUUGCCAAACUGAAAUCAAAAAUUGUUAAACAUGGUA